AAUAAGAUUUUUCGACUAGUGAAACUCUUAGCCGAUCUGAGUACUAGGCUUUACCGCCAAAGAUUAAAUUUCUCAUUCUUUGGGACGCGGGUAACGGAGUUCAUCGAAAUUCACUCUCUAAAUCUGGUAUUUCCUUAGCUCAUCUGAGUACCGCGCUGAAAAAAAGACCCGACGAAAAGCGUUAGCCGCCUAUUUGCCUCUCGCUCACUCCUAUGGUUAGCUCGCGGCUUUUGUCGAUGUGAAUACUAUGCUUUAUGACUGUACCAGAAAAUUUCUUGGCGCUGCCACCUUUUACGUUCAACAAACGCACAGUUAGGUUAAUUGUGACUGGAAUAGCUAAAAAUAUCAUAAUGGACGAUGACAUUUUGCUCCCUGCCGACACGUUGGCUAUUCUUAACGAAUUCCUGUCGGCGCGAUCCAAGCGCAAAGCCGAGGAGGAAUAUCAAAUUGUUAACCAGGCCGGAAUGGACGCUGAAUUCGAGAAAGAUUGGCAACUGAGUCAGUUUUGGUACAGUGCGAAAACUAAACAUACUCUGCGCGAUGUUGUGCGUAAGCUACUGGCGGAACAAAAGGCUGAUUUGGGAGAAUUUCAUAUUGCUCUCCUAUCAUGUCCAUCACUUUACAAGGACAUAAGAAACAUCCAUGACAAUGUCCACAUCUUUGAAUACGAUCCAAGAUUUGGAGCCUACGGCACGGACUUUGUGCUCUACGACCUAAACUGCGUAGGAGGCAACCCGAACUACCUUAAAGAGCAUCACCACCAGUAUGACCUAAUCGUUGCCGAUCCGCCCUUCCUGUCUCAGGAGUGUAUUGUCAAAACUUGUGAAGUAAUCACCAUGCUGCAGCGGAACCCGUCGGAGUGCAAGAUAAUUGUUUGCUCUGGGGAGGUGGCGGAACCCUGGCUGACUACUGGCCUUCCCGUUUUUAAGUGCGCCUUCCGACCGGAACACGAGCGUAAUCUGGGAAACUCGUUCGUAAGCUACGCUAAUAUCAAUUUAGACGAAUAUAUUGAAAAUAAAUAUGCAACUGCAUUGAGGUAUAAAUGCUGA